AUGAGGAAGCAGGCUGCGGCGGAGGCGGCGGGGAGCUCGGGGAAGAAGGCUAAGCAGGCCGAGGUGGUUAAGACUGUUUCUCCCAAGACCAUGGUCGCCAUAGACCCCAAGUUGCUGCAGUGCGGAGUCUGUUCCGGCCUAUUGGUUCCACCCAUUUUCCAGUGCACCAAGGGCCACAUCACAUGCUCAAAGUGCUGCCCCGUGGUCAACAACGGCUGCAGCUUGUGCAAAGGUCUUGAGGAUGCCACCCGCUGCCACGCCAUGGAGCGCCUCCUUGGUGACCUGACCGUGCCGUGUUCAUUCAGAGCACGCGGCUGCACCGAGAUGAUCUUGUACUCGGAGACGCUGGCCCAUGCACAGUCCUGCCUCUAUGCCCCUUGCUACUGCCCCAUCGCCGGCUGUGGGAUCUACGCCGGCAGACCAUCACUGCAUGACCACAUCAUGCAGGAUCACCCGAUGCUCCGGUAUAUGGUCGUGCCCGGCGUUGCUAGUGCACUGACCAUGUAUCACGGCGAUCCGGCCUGCCUGGUGUCCCUUAGCUCAGACGGGGAGAUGUUCCUCAUCGUCGUUACCGACGAUCGUAGCGCACUGGCGCCGGGGCAGUCGCUGUCUGUGAUCCACCUCGCGCGCAAGGUGGUCACCCGUUAUUACAGGAUCGAGGUGCGCACCAAGGCAGGCCUCCUCUUGCUGUACAGCGAGGCACAGGACGUCAGGCGGCUGAUGAGGGCUUACGAGCCAACCUCAUCCCUCUUCGUGUCAGAUGCCAUGUGGGGCCCCAAGGACUCUCCCGUUCGUGUCGACAUUAAUAUCCAUCCGGUAUAG